CAGCCUAAUCGCUAUCCAUUUUGGAAGUAGCUGAAGUGGUAACCAGUCGACUCAUGAGCUCAGUAGUAUCGCAGAUGACCAACUAUUCGUCACCAUAGAUACGUGUACGAGUACAGAUACUUCAACACUUAGCAUCGACCGUUUGGAACUUUAAAAAGAUUUGUUGACCAGUGAUCUUAGGUAAAGUGCAAGAUUGCUCCGACGCGAGAAGACUAAACUGCUUAAGCCACGAGUUGGUGGUAACCGCGAUCGUGAUUCUGAAGAUUGUUCUAUUCGUCGAUGCAGUACGUUUUCAGCUGAGAUACGGUCAAGAACUCUGAUUCGACCUGUGAAGUUCUGGUGAAGUGUUACUCAGAGUCAUCUUAAAAGAUUGAAAAUGACUCGUUGGAUGGAUUUAUUGCUGGUGCUCGGGACUUUGAAUGUUCUAAGUGGAGUGAGUCAGGCUGGUCCAUUGCCUGCGGAUACAGAUAAAUCGGACGAGGCUGAAGAGUUUAUCUUUUUACUCGGUAGAGAAAAAGCGGGUCGCAGUUUAUUUGACGACAAACAAUCUGAUCAACCAGUAAAAGUGCCCUUCUCAUUGGAACUGGAGCCACCUCUUCCCGAUAAUGCGAACGGUGCUAGUAAGCCAGUUGUCCUGCCACUACGCGAUAGCUAUGGAAAUCCAAUUCCACCAGCAGUGCUUGGAGUCGAUCCAUCAGGAGCUGAUUAUGACCUAAGUGGUCCAAAUAGCAACCGUAACAGCAACAACAAUCCCAAAAAGACAGUUUUCACACAAGGAAUCAACUUCCCAAUUCCAUCAUACGCAUCCGGCAUAACCGAAAUUCAUCGACCCAGCGAUGGAUUACUUCCGCCAUUUGAUAGUGACCACAAACCAGAUAAAGAUGGUCUACCAACAUCAUCAAAUUUACCGUCAGCAUCAGUUCCACUUCCAGUUAAUGAACUCUUGCCACCGUUAUCUGUCCCACAGACAAAAGACGACGCAAUCAAUGAGAUUUCAGGUACUUUGACAAAUAACACACCUAUUCCUGACUCACUUUCUUCUCCUGCGCUUAUUGCUUCUACUCCUACCGCUUCAACUGCAAUUCCCUCUGCAACGAUAACCACUACCCCAAAAACAACUACAUAUGAGCCUGUCACAACUAAAAAACCUUUUAUCGGUGGAAAAUACACCGGUGGAUUUGGUGGGGCUCCUGGUAUUCUGGGCGAGCAGAAGAAAAUCGGUUUUGAUGUGUCAACUACUACCACAACUACUCCUGCUCCAACCAUAAGUACUACUCCUCUCCUUACAACAACAACCACUUCAGAACCACCCACCACCCCUGGUACAACCACUACAACUACCCCACUUCCAACUACUCCAUACACUACCACUACUACUACGACUCCACCCCCAACUCCCCCAACCAUUCCAACUACUACUACUACCCCACCACCACCUACUACCCCUACGACAACCACUACAACUACCACUUUCGUACCUCCAAUCACAGAGGUAGUUACCAGAAAUUCUGUUGACAAUGGUCCCACUAGGAUUCCUAUUGGAGUUGCUCCUCCAGGUGCAAUAAACUUAGGCAUUCCAGCCAUCAGUAAAGUAUUACUUCCGCCUUUCGAAAGUCCCCAACAAAAAGCGCAGGAUUCAGAACUUCACAGUUCUACCCCUACUGCCACCACAACUACUACGACCAGAGCACCAAGAUCAACCACAACCACUACAACCAGACCUCCAACCACUACAACCAGACCUCCAACAACUACCAUAGUCACUACGACCACCAAUGUUCCGGUGUCAGAAAAUCCUCCCCCUAACCAACCAGACGUUGCACGUAUAGACCUAGACAGUAUCCCAUUCCCCACAACCCCACCUCUAGAAAUCCUAAUCAAAAGCACCACUUCCCCGCCUAAACCUAAUGCAAUACCCACGCUAGCGACAAUUCUGUUACCCCCACCGUACUCAUCCAACUCUCGACCUUUCCAACCACCACCGCCUACUCCUUCAACAACUGUAGCUGCAUCGCUACUAAUCCCCCCUCCUGAGCUUCCACCGGGUUCUCAUGAAGGAGGCUCGUUUCUUUCUCUAUCGUUUGGAUUUCCAAAUACACCAACAAAUGAAUCACCACAAAAAACUGCCAUAGGUAAAGCUCUCCAGGAAAGGUUCGGAUCGAAUUUCAACGUUCAGCAACUUCCGUCAUUCAUCAACUCACUCCAACCAGGUCAGUCUAAGCCUGCAGCACCGGCAGUACCAGGAUCCCCCGUAAGUGGUACUAAAUUUCCGCCUGCACCACCAGUCCAAGGAGCACCUUUAGGUCCCGUUCCAGCAGCUCCAAAGCCAGCAGCAGCAUCAGACUCAGGUAAAUAUACAGGUGGAUUUGGUGGAGCCCCUGGCGUUUUAGGAGACCAGAAAGAAGUAGGAUUUGGAAUUAAACCAGGAAGUGGAACUGCAUCCGCUCCUGUUGCACCACCUAAGCCACCAGUUGUGGUUCCUGUUGUCACUCCUGUUGUCGCUCCUGUUGCCGCUCCUGUUGCACCACCUGUAUCUCCUACCCAAUCCCCGAGUGGUGGAAAAUACACAGGUGGCUUUGGAGGACCCCCAGGAAUUCUGGUUCCUUAUGACCAGAAGAAUUCUUAAGGAUGAAUUGAAACAUGUCAGUAUACUGUAGAUUUAAGAUGUCUGUAAUUUUAAUUUUAAGCAAAAACAUUUCCAUAUAUGUAAUUUAUGCACAGUAAGAGUAUCUAAAUCUAAAAAUAAAUCUGAUUGAAUGAGGUGA